GGGGUGGCGGACUCCUGAAGGAGGAGGGAACUGGGGAUCUGAAUUUCUGGAUCUUUGUCCAAGUGGAUGUUGGAGGCCUUGACUUCAAGUCCCUGGGCUGGUGGAGGGUGGGAGGACGCUGCCAGUAAUACCAGGUCCAGGGAGAAGGGGACUGGGAUUCUGGACUCCUUGGUCUCAAGGGAGGAAAGGUCUGUAGGACUUCUCUGGACCAAAGCCCUUUGAGAGGUCCCUUCCAGCCCCCAGCCCGCCAUGGUCCCGCCAGCCAACAUCCUGUUCCUGCUUUUGCUCCCAGUGGCUGCAGCUCAGAUGACCCCAGGUUCCUGUUCCGGAUGUGGGCCCCUCUCUCUGCCACUCCUGGCAGGCCUUGUGGCUGCGGAUGCUGUUGUGUCACUGCUGAUUGUGGUGGUGGUGUUUGUGUGUGCACGCCUACGCAGCAGGCCCACCCAAGAAGAUGACAAAAUCUACAUCAACAUGCCUGGCAGGGGUUGACUUCCCUGUAACUGCAAGUUUUGACUUCUGACCCUCUCAUCCUGUGUGUGGGUGGUGGCACAAGAAAAUCCACCCUGCUUUGGGGCUGGAAUAAAGCCGUUGAAAUACCUCUUGUUCUAA